AGCUGGGCACACUGCAACGGCGCGCUUCGCAAUCGAAUUGUGUAUAUUUCGAUUUGUUUUGAAACGUAUUUAAUAACUGGCAAUGGAGUUGGUGAAACGCGGUUUCCUGCGUGCCUGCAAGAACCACAGCUUCCUCAGCUUCGAGCUGAUCGAUUAUAUCCUGGCCCCGCUGUGUGCCAACCACAAGACUACAAAGCCCGGCAGCAAGGAGGCGAUUAGGGCACUGGUGGCGGAGAUUAAUGACACCAUCAGGGACUUGGGCCAGUUGCUGGUCUUCAUCAAGUAUCCGGUGAAGGCCGAGGAGUACCUGGUGUACGCCAAGACGGACGCCACGCCGGACAGCGUGCCCAACACCGGGCUCACUGCCGAGGAGUGUCAGUACUUUUCGAAACUGCUGGACAAGAUCGCCUCCGAGGAGGACUGUCACAUAGCCUGGAAUGUCGCCUACACUGAUAUCGUCCUGCAGGCCAGCUCGAAGCCGUUGAAGAAGAGUCGCAUGCAGGAGCUGCUCCAGAAGUGGAUCCAAAUGGGCUACUUCAUGGAGGUGGGCGAGCGAAUCUACCUGGGCCCACGCAGCCUCGUCGAGCUCAGUUUCUAUUUGAGCUCGAACCACGCCGGGAACAUCAAGAACUGCACGCUGUGCAAGUGCCUGGUGUUGUGGGACAUUCGCUGCAGUUCCUGCAACAUUCAGUACCACCGCGAGUGCAUCCAAACCUACUUGCAGAGACGCGAUAUAUGCCCCUCCUGCGGCAACCUGUGGACAACUCCAAUAAGACGCUCCAUUGCUUAAUCAUUAUGUCCGUGACAUGUACUAUAGAUUUUGAUACUAGAAUAACAGAAGUCCGCGUUAUUAACUAAAUAAAGUUAAAGUAGAAAACAAACAA